AUGUUAUUAAUUCCGCUUCCCGUUUCUCGGAUUGCCGCAGCCGCUCGCCUGCGCGAGACCGUCACCGCGGGAGGCACCUUCGAAACGGCGAGCGCAGCAGAGAUGGCCAUGCAACCGGCACCACCACAGCCGCCUCCACACGCCUACAUCACCCUCCGGCGCCGUCCUCACCACAACACCACGGAGUACGGCACCACCAAGCCCUGCAGCCGCCGCAUCCACAUCCGAAUGGGCCUUCACACGCAGUUGUGCCGUUGGCUCCCGGCGUUGGUUCCCUGGAGCGUCGCAAUCGAGAUCGAGACCACCGAGACCAUCGCGACCACCGUGACCGCGAUAGGGCCCCACAGAGCCCUCCGGGCGCUCAUGCGGAUCGCGAACGGCGGGCUGCCCGAGGGGAUCGAGAUCGGGAUCGAACUCGAGAUCGCGACCGGGACAAGGCUCGAUCCCGUGAUCGCGGCCGGGAGAGGGACAGGGAAAAGGAUUGGGAGAGGGAGAGGGAACGUGAGCGAGGCCACCGCGGAGCUAGACCGUUAUCGAGGACGCGUACGGGCAAGGCCAGCAGUCGAUCACCACAGCCGCAGCGUCGUAGCGGCGGCAGUAGCCGGUCGCCGCCGCCGUCGGGGCACGGACGGCGGCAGCGUAGCUUGUCGCCGCUACAGCGGCAGCGGGGUGUGUCUGGGCCGGGGCCGGGGCUGCCAUGUAGAGACGCACGAGGAGGCGGCGGUGGUGGCGGCGGCGGCUCGCGUGGAGAGUACGACCAUCCGCAGCAGCAGCAGCGUGCCGACCCGCGGGUCACUGGCACCCGCGAUGGUGCACGGGAUGGGCGCGGACGCGAGUGGGGCGCCGACAGGGAGGUACCCCGCGGGAUUGUUGACCGCGACUGGGGACCCGAUCGGUACGGCGGAUCUGCCGUACGGGACGAGCGGCGGGACCGUGACAGGGAUUGGGACCACGAGCGCGGCCCCUCCACGUCACCUAUCGCCGCCGCCGGCACAACACCUCCGAAACGCCGGCCGUGGCGGCGGCGGCGCCGUUGGUCGGGAUUAUCGUACUGACGGCGGUCGUGACUCGCAGCCCCACAGCCCAUCCGAAGGUGCCUUCAUGUCGCGACCGCCGAACCUUCGGGAUGGAAGUGCGCCGUACGGCGCCGCCGCCACUACCGGAGGCAGCGGCCGCGUCCAUUCCUCCCCAGCGCGCUCGCCUCGGCCGCCGGCGUACGACUAUCCGCCAGGGCAGUCGGCCUGGGGCCAUGGUGGUGACCUUAGUCGUCGUACGACACCGCCGCCGCCUCACACGCAAGAGCCGUCACCCGUGCCGCCGCCGCCGUCGCGGGAACUGCCGCCGCAGGGUGGCCGCCGCAGCGGCGGUGGCGGCGGCAGCCCCAGCAGCGAGGAGGGCGCGGUGGAGGAAAUGGAUGUGGACAUGGAUGUGGAUGAUGGUGCUUACACCGGCAUGCCCAAUCUGAGUUCUCGGCCGCCGCCGCCGCCAAGCCGGCAAGAUGACAUGCCGCCGCUGCCUGCCGUACCUCCCCCCGGAUCACCGACGGGUGCUAAGUGGAGCCAUGACGCAUCGUGGUACCAUCAACAGCACCACCACUACCAACAUUAUCACCAACAUCAACACCCGCACCAUCAUAUGUACCACAAUCUGUACGACGAGCGCGGCGGUGCCGCCCCCGUGGCGCCACCGCUGCCUCCGCCGCCACCGCAACCAGACCAUGACCUCCUCCCGCCGGCGCCACCGCCGAUGCCGCCACCGGCGCCGCCGCCACCACGACCAGUCUGGCCGGAAGGCCUGUACGAACAACUUCGUGAAACCUUUUUCGACAGAAUACGUUGGUGCUGUCACGCUUCAGUGCUGUUGGAACCCCGUACGGCAGCUGCCGCCGUUGCCAACGCCGCCGCCAGCACGGCGCUGCAGGAGCCUCAGGGCACCCAGGAGGUGGCGGCGGCGGCGACAACGACGGCGACGGAAGCGGCCGCGGCGGAGGCGGUGGCAGUGGAAGCAGCCAGCACGCAGCCAAAGCAGGCCCCUGAUGAGGAACCGCCUAGGGGGCCCUUGACGGCGGUGGAGGCCGCGGCGCUUCUUGAGCACGACGGGAGAGCGGUCUGGCGGUGGUUGGAAGGUCUGCAUCUGGGUAUGGAUCGGGAGUUCGAAUCGGUGGAUCUGGGUUCGCCGGAUCCAGAGGACGUGGUGCCGGCGCCCAUGCCGCUGCCGAUGCCGUACAGUAGCGGCGGCGUCGCUGGGCUCGCCGGCGGCGAUGAUGACGACGGCGGUAGUCCGGUUCCGGAGAACUUGGAGCCGCUGCCGCUCACGGACGAGUGCCGUGUGGUGCCCUGGACGCCGGAUCCAUACCGCCCACCCGUCGACCUCCGUGUACGACAAGACGAUCCAGGUGCUCUGCAACAACCUCAACAACCGCCUCUCCUGUACCUCGUCGACUUCCCGUCGGAUGAAAAGCUCUGGCAACCAUGGCACUUGAUGCGUCCGACGGCGGCGGCAGUGCCGCCGCCGGAGGCCGGCGGCGGCGGAGCCGCUGCCGGGGGACACGGCAGCGGCGGCACGUCGUACGGUCUGGAAUACUCGGCGACGGAACGUACGACGGGUCGCCGUGACGGUGCGGCCGUCGUGAGUGCGGCGGGGUGGCAGCAGCCCGAGGCGGGGUUGUUCCGUUUCCCCACGCACAAGCUCAACCUGGUGGAUGGCACUCUGUUGUGUCCGGACGUCAAGGCGAUGUCGCUGGGGGAGCUGCGGGAGCUCGCAAGUGGAGGCGGCAGCAGGGCGCCGUUGUGGGGCUGCAGCGUGCAGCGAGUUGCGGACAAGUUGUGGUUGCCCCUGACGCAGGAGCCCAUUACGGCGGACCAGCUGAAAUGGGUCGACUCAGUGGCGAGGUUGCCGGCGAAACCCGGCGGCGCAGGCGCCGCCAAUGCCGCCACAGCAGCGUCCGCGACGGCGCCGAUCCGUGUACGGCAGCCGCAAGGUCAGUUGCUGCGGCAGGUACUGGGCGCCUCGCAGACGGGUCGGGCGGCUGCCGCUGCCGCCGCCGCGAGCACACAGACCCAUGGGUCCGCGUCACACCAGUCUAAACUCGCUGCGCUGGAAGCUUCCUACGCUCGAUACAGCGGUAACAAGUCGGCGGCGCCAGGGUGUACGGCAGGGAUAGGAGCCCCCGCUGCCCCUGGCGGCGGCGGCGGGGCCGCCGCCGCUUCACAGCAGUCGGUCAGCCUGGCGUCGGUGCUGGCGGCGGCGCCGGUGCAAGGCGGCGCUGGCGGCGUGCCGCCGCCGCCACCCCGUCGAAUAGCACCAUCCUCGGCUUCCUUGCCGACGUCGGCGGCGAAAGCCGGGUCCAGCCUUCUAGACUGGUUGGACCGGCGGUCGGCGCUGGUCGCGUCACCUUCAGUAGUAAGGUCCGGUGAUCCGCUUGGCGGGACCGCUGCGGCCGCGGGGACAGCGGCACCGGCGCCGCAGCUGCCGCCGCCGCCUCCCCACGUACUGGCGGAGCUGCGGUACACGUUGUACGAGCACACGCACAAGUACUUGCUGGGCCGCGUCCUCAAACCGCUGCUACAGCGCAUUGGGCUCUUAGCUCCUGGCGAUUAG